AUGCGGUGGCGGCUGCCGGGCGCCAGUUCGACACUCCCCGCCAGUGUCGCACUCCUCCUUCUGCCAGCCCUGGUCGCUCCGCAGCAGCAUCCAGAUGUCCAUGACUCUGUCUCUCGGGUCUCUGUGCCACUAGCACAAGAGUCCCCAAUUCGAAAUGUAGCCCAUGUGGCUGCACCAUACAUCGUGAAACCCAACGAUGCGAGCGCCCUUGCGACUCUGGCUCUGGCAGGCUCCGGCCGUGCCGUUCGAGCCCCUCCUGUCCAGGCCAGCAGCACCACUGCUGGUCUGGCUUCGCAGCUUCACGCGCGGUCCCUUCAGGACUGGGAGGUUGAGGAUUUUGUGCUACUGGCGACCGUCGACGGAACUAUUCACGCCCGUGAUCGCAAGACCGGGGCUGCCCGUUGGGCCCUUGAGGUCCCGAGCAGCCCUGUGGUCGAAAGCAUCUACCACCGAGCGAACCGUUCCAGCUUUGACGAUACAGAGCCCGAAGAUGAUUUUCUCUGGAUCGUCGAACCCAGCCAAGAUGGCAGCCUUUACAUCUACAGCCCCGCUCCAGAUUCCGGCCUGCAAAAGCUCGGCUUGACCGUCAAGCAGCUUGUCGACGAAACCCCCUAUUCAGGCACCGAGCCUGCCGUGACCUACACUGCCCGGAAGGAAACCACAUUGUACACCAUUGAUGCUCGGACGGGCAGCAUUCUGCGGGUGUUCAGUUCCCGCGGCCCAAUUACCGCUGCACCCGAAUGUCGGAAGGUGAACGGAGAAGAUUCAGACUCUGAAGAGUGUGAGUCGACCUCCGGCACUUUAGUUCUUGGUCGGGUGGAAUAUGCCGUCGCCAUACAAAACACGGAGACUGGGGAUCCAAUUUGCACCUUGAAAUACUCCGAGUGGGCACCGAACAACCGUGAUAUGGACCUGCAGAGCCAAUACUACAGGACAAUGGACCAAAGCCACAUUUACAGUAUGCAUGAUGGUGUUGUUCUGGGAUUCGACCACUCGCGCAUGGAUCGGCCUCGGUACACCCAACGCUUUUCAUCCCCCGUGGCACGGGUCUUUGAUGUGGUUCGUCCUGCCAACAAAGAUGCGCCAGACGGGUCAACUCCGCUAGUGCUCCUGUCACAACCAUUACAGCCACCGGACCCCGACUAUGGACCGCUCGACGAUGAACGAGACAUGCGUGUAUUCAUCGAUUGCACCGAGGCAGGUGGAUGGUAUGCCUUUUCAGAGGAAACCUAUCCCCUGGCCACCGGUCGGGCCCCAAUGGCGCAAUGCUAUGACAAAGACUUCUUCCGCCGGGGACAGGCGCUCAUGAGCCUCACUGCACGUCAGCAGCGAAAUGCAUUGGCGGGCGUUCAUUCUCUCACUGGCCCUCGUAUCAUUCGAUCGCCUAUUCCCAAAAUUGCUGGCUCAUCCACCUUCGAACUCUCGAACGACACACCCCGCGAUAUUCUGCGCAGUCCUUCUGAGCUGGCGUUACCUCCCGCGCUCCGAAAUAGCGCCAUCAUUCGAAAGAGCUGGGACAAUGCGUUGGAUAUCGUCGUGACCUUGAUUUUACUGUUCAUCUGCACGUUCAUAUACUUCAAUUCGCAUCAUCUACGCGAUCUAGCCAAGCAGAAAUUGGACAUCAAGAACAUCAUCAACUCGAAUGAUAAGCCUGCUCUAUCGGCCCCAUCUACCCCUCAUGUCGGCAGUGCUCCGGAUAUUAAACGUUCAUCUACGCCAACCCAACAAGUUCCCAAUGUGACUGUUGAUUUGGAUUUGGACGACCCGACCCUAGAUGGAGCAACGACCCCCAUCCGUGAGCCAUCUCGUGGUCCUGAUGACGAGGACGCCGAUGAGGCUGGAAAGCCCAAGAAGAAGUCCCGUGCUCGUGGAUCUCGCGGAGGAAAAUCACACCGCCGUCGCAAGAAGCCUGGCAGUGAAAAUGAUGGCCCUGAGGGGGCGGACCAGGCCGUGGAGCAAGUCAACCGGCUGGCGACCCAACCCCGACUUGAGGCAUCUGUCCAGAUGACCCGGUCGGUCUCGAAUGAGAUCAUGGAAAUGGAUGGUGUUAUUCGCAUUGGUCGGCUUCAAGUUUUCACAGACAUUGUGCUGGGACAUGGCAGUCAUGGAACCGUGGUUUUCCGCGGCUCGUUCGAUGGUCGAGAUGUAGCCGUCAAGCGUAUGUUGAUGGAAUUCUAUGACAUUGCAUCCCACGAGGUAGGCCUGUUGCAGGAAAGUGAUGACCACCACAAUGUGAUUCGAUACUUCUGCCGUGAGCAAGCCACCGGGUUCCUGUACAUUGGCCUCGAGCUUUGUCCUGCAUCCCUGCAGGAUGUGAUUGAGCGUCCUGUCAACUACCCGGAACUUGUUCAAACCGGCUUAGAUCUACCUGAUGUGCUACGACAGAUCACCCAGGGUGUCCGCUAUCUACAUUCUUUGAAGAUCGUCCAUCGUGAUUUGAAGCCUCAGAACAUUCUUGUCGCUAUGCCGCGUGGCCGCACUGUAUCAAAGACAUUGCGACUACUGAUCUCCGAUUUUGGUCUGUGCAAGAAACUGGAAGACAAUCAAAGCUCGUUCCGGGCCACCACUGCCCACGCCGCUGGAACUUCUGGCUGGCGUGCCCCUGAGCUUCUAGUAGAUGAUGACGGUCCCAUGUCUCUUGCAUCACAGCACACUGAAUCCUCUGAACCUGCCGUGGUAGACCCACAAACAAAUCGCCGUGCUACUCGGGCUAUCGACAUUUUCUCGCUGGGUUGUGUGUUCUACUACGUCUUGACACGAGGCAGCCACCCGUUCGACAAGAACGGCAAAUUCAUGCGCGAGGCGAACAUUGUCAAGGGUCAAUUCGAUUUGGAAGAAUUGAACCGCUUGGGUGACUAUGCUUUCGAAGCCGACGAUCUCAUCCGCUCGAUGUUGGCUUUGGACCCCCGACAACGUUUCCUCUGCGAUGUGUCAGACCACUUCGAAUUCGAGCCCCGCGAUCCUCCGUCUGACUCUCUUCUCUGCUUGGAGUCAGUGUCUCUACGUGUAAUGGGCCCUGAAAUGGAUUUCUUACGCUCACUACCACGAGACUUCAAAGACAAUCUCGGCAAGCAGCGGAAGUACACUGGGUCGCGGAUGCUGGAUCUCCUGCGGGCUCUUCGUAACAAGCGCAAUCACUACAAUGAUAUGCCUGAUCACCUCAAGGACAAUAUCGGUGGACUGCCUGAAGGAUAUCUCAAUUUCUGGACAUACAGAUUCCCAAGCUUGUUGAUGAGCUGCCACUCUGUGAUUGUUGAGUUGGAUUUAACUCGCAAUGAUCGCUUCCGGAGGUAUUUUGUGCCCCCAGAAUAG